AUGAAUGGCUUCCUUCUGGCCUUCGCUAUUCUGACAGUGGCUGCAGUAACAAUGACUGGAACAUCUAUACCAGAACAGGCAAACUCAGUCCUGAAAUUCUUUCAGAAGAAUGAAUCAACCUUUUUGGUUUUCCUGAACUCAGAAAAGGACACUUGUCUGGGGACCCUGAUCCACAAACAAUGGGUUCUUACCGCAGCACACUGCUUCUUACCAUUUCUUGAGAUGGAGAUUGAUAUUUUAGAUGAGGAUUUCCAAAAAAGGAUGGAGAGCUUAAGACCCAUGCUUACUGUCCCACAUCCAAGUUUCAAACAGGAUUCUGCCGAGCAUGACAUAGUGCUCAUCAAGCUGACACAUCCCCUAAAGCUCAACGACCAGGUAAAGUUGGCAGCUCUGCCCAGUCCCACAACUGACAGAAGGAUGAGCAACUGCACUGUCUUUGGCUGGGGCUGGUCAUGGCAGAAUUCUGAGGUAAAGCCUGAUGUCAAGAUAAAGCAGACUGUCUCUUGCUUCUCUAAUGAAUAUUGUGAAGAUUCCCCUAUAGGAAAAAUGCCUGUUAAAAUCACAGAGAACAUGUUCUGUGCAGGAUUGUCUCUGGAGAGCAAACACACAUGUAAGGAAGUACUUGCUGUCCCAAUCCUGUGCCAAAAUCAGCUCCAGGGGAUCUUAUCCUGGUCAGAAGGGUGUGUUCUGAGAGGUGACAUUGGCUACUACACCAAGGUUUCCCGCUAUACAGACUGGAUCCACAGAGUCAUCAGUGCCUACUGA